UUACAACUGACUGUUGCCGAUGUCUUUUUUAUCAGUGGAAACUAUGUAGUUUCCCUGUCUGUCACGUCAGAAGACAUUUACAAACCAAAGACUGGCAGCAAGUUGUCAAAGCUACAUGUCCCAACCAUAUUUAUGCCAACAUUGGCGCUUGAACUCACCGAAAUCAAUAGAGACUUUGGCAAAAGAUUUUUGCUAGUUUGCGGAAAUACAUAGGUGACAAUGUCCUUGAGUCCUAGAAUAGCGUUCUGUCAUGUGUAAGAUGGCCCAGCAGGUGUAAGGUCCUCCCGCAGAGGUGCAUGGAUGGUCGUGUGGUCGGUGUGGUGAGUUCUAAAUGCCAUGGGGUGUGUUCAGAGUAGUGGCCGGUGCAAACCGCGUUUCUGUGACACAAUCACUGUGCUUGAGUUGAACGCCUCCAUUGACCCAAAGCCCACAACUAUUGAUGAGUCGUCUGACGUGGUUCUGCGCUACCGGACGCCACACUUCCGAGCUUCGGCUCAGGUUCUGGUUCCGCCGGUGCUCAAGAGAGAGAUCUGGACCGUGGGCUGGAUUCAGGCCUGCAACCAGAUGGACUUCUACAACCACUACGGAAACGAAGGCCUGUCCAGCUGGGAGUUGCCUGAGCUCCGCUCCGGUCGUGUCCUGGCGCUGAGCGACUCCGACGGCGUGAGCUACCCUUGGUACGGCAGCACCAGCGAGAUCUACACCAUCGUGGGCCCCACCAGGAGAGACACCAAACUCACCGUGUCCAUGAACGACAACUUCCACCCCAGCGUCACCUGGAGCGUCCCCAUAGCAACGCUGGGCAGUCCGGCGCAGCUCACCGGCAUCCGGCGCGACCAGCGCUUCACCACGUGGCUGGUGGCACGCAACGAGGCGUCGGGCGAGACCACGCUGCUGCGCACGGUGCGCUGGCGGAUGCGGCUCCGCAUUGACGUCGACCCCCAGCGACCCCUGGGUCAAAGGGCGCGUCUCCUGGAGCCGCUGCUGCAGGACGAGCCGCAGGUUCUGGCCAAGAACGAGCUCAUACCGGCCAACGCCCUGGACCAGCCCAACGCCAACGACGCUCAGAUGCUCAUGUGGAGACCCAGCAACACACAGCCUAUCAUGGUCAUCCCACCCAAACACACACACACAUAGAUACACACACACACACACACCCAAACACACACAUACACACACCCAGUCCCUAA